UAUAAAAUGUGAUUAGUCGGUCUUAACCCUACUUUCGAGCACGCGGUCGUUGGUUCACAUUUAUUUGAAAGCUGUCUUUGAGACAAUUGACAUUCAUCGAAAAUAAAACAUAAUAAUUAAGUACGCGUAUAAUCUUUAGCAAUAAUGAAAAUCAUUCCGAUAACUGUCAUAACCAAUAAAGUGCAUUCCAUGGGACCAUUGUUAAGCAAAUACAGUGUUGUAAGUUGUUAACCCCUUGUCUUACGAUUUAUGUUCCAAUAACGCGUGUCAUAAGCAACGACAUGAUCGGUCUCGUGUCAAGCCAUUUGACAGUUUGGCCGAGCGCUCAAACUUGUGCAAAUCGCACGCCUCUAUUGAUAUAUAAAUGCAUGUGUAAGGUAUAACUAAUUCUAUUUUGCAAGAUGGUUGAUAAAUAAUUGCUACCAAUUGAACAUCGAACAAAAAAGAUUUAUUAUCUCGAGAUAAAUAAUAAAUCAAUAACAUCGACGUACAUGUCUCUCACACGUCUUGUUGAUGUUUGGCCCUAUCGACAUACCACGUCCCUCACACGUGUUGUUUAUGUUCGGCUCGAUCGACGCACGACAUCUCUAACACGACCUCGCAGGUUAAGGGGUUAAUGACAAAGACAUCUUUAAUUUGUGAUAAAAAUUGCUUAUAAUCAGAGAAAAUGUGAAUUUAUUUCGAAUUGUAUUCUGUAAUUAAGGGAAUGGAAAUUCAAGUAGACUUUGAAGGAAGAUAUCCAGUGGAUCCGGAUUAUCAUGGCAUUAAGACCUUAUUACAACAAUUGUUUUUGAAAGCUCAUGUUGAUUUAGGUGGUCUGGCAGAUUUAAUAAUCCGUGAAAACUACGUAGGUUCGGUUGUCAAGCAAUCGGCGGAUUUAGAGGGAUCGGACGACGAAGAUACCGAUGUCAACGACGUGUUUGGUAUUACUACAGUAAUUAAUUUAUCUUCUAAACAGAGUUAUCCUUGUAUACAACAACUCAGAGAAUUACUGACGCAAAUGACAAAGGAACAUGCAGCGGACACAAUAAAUGCUAUGAUAAGAAAGCUUCUUGAAGACGAUACGGAAGUAUUAGGUUUAUUGAUCAACGAAAGAUUUGUUAAUAUUCCAGCACAGAUAUCCGUGCCACUUUUGGAAAAUUUAAUGUCCGACAUAAAAAAGGCAAAUAACAAGAAGAUGUCCUUCAAUUUUUCAUAUUAUAUAUUAAUCUGUAAAGUCUAUAGAACAAAAAGACCGGAUCUAGUUAAAAGACCAAAAAGUAAAAAGAAGGAUAAUACGUGUGAAGAGUUUAUUAUAUGGAGCAAUCCGGAGGAAGAAAUUUUUGCGCAGGAAGCAGCAAUAAGUUUUGAAUUUUCGGUCGAGAAAGAAUCAGACAGUGCUGUAUCUGGAACAUGGACUGAGUCUGACGAUGAAAUGACACCUUACAGGAGAGUGCUUCUCUUUGAAGCUUCCAAAUUACAAUCAAUUAUCGACAGAAUAAAAACUGAAAUACCUUAAUCAAUUUGAAGGACUAACGUUAAUUCAUCUCAUAUUCCUAAGAAAAAGAAAGACCAAGCACCUUCCUUUUGUGUACCAAAGGAAGGUAUGCGCUUUCGAAAGUUGGUUUCUUUGACAAUCUAUUGUACAAUGAACUACUAUGUUUUACAUGUAAUCAGCUUUUUAUAAUACACCUUUUCGUACUGCUUACUGCAAA